AUGUAAAUAAUUUAAGAUGCAACUUUACAGAUUUAAGUGGUUAUCAAGAGUGACUUCGAACUCAAGCCCAAUUUGGAUGACAUUCUCAAGAUUCUUAAGUAGCAGGUGGCUAUUUUGCUCGAAUUAGUUCAACAAUAAAAAGGCGUAGACUACGACCAACUGGAGAGAGCAGUUUAAAAGGCAGAGGCUGAAAUUCGGAAUCACGUGCGAGUAAUAUAUUAGGAUAAUUUGCCAGUUAGAAUAACAAAUGAAGUUAUAUUCGGAUAGUUUGCAGGAGAGGAUCGAUUAAUUGGAGAAGGAGAAGUUAGAAUUAUUGGAAAAGGUACCUAUUAAGUUAUCAAUUCAAAGAAUAAAAUUUUGACAACAGGUCAGGAACGAAAGAUCUCUUCUCAGAACUAAACCAGGGAGUCAAGUCCCAGUUUGUUUAAAAAAUCGUACAUUUUGGGGAAUCAAGUGUAUAACAGAUAGCAGGGCAAUCAACAGGAGGGGUAGGUUUCAGUGGUUCAGAAUUGCGAUAGUCAAUAAACAAGAGAGAGACGAAGUUCUGGGACGUAGCACUCGUACAUGAUGAUGAAGAACAUGUAAGAACCAAAUGUAUUGAGUAGUCGUGAGAAGGUGAAUAUGAAUGCAUCGCAGGAGAAGGUUAGUGAUAAGAGUUCUACGAUUCUGAAAUCUCAAAAUAGCACUUCUUUGUUGAAGAUGUACAACAUCCAGAAACUCAUCAUUAAAAAUCAAUAGGAUAAGCAAUUGCAAUAACUAAAGAACAAAACUAUCAAUCAGAUCUUAGAUGACUCUCAAGCAACCAAAAAGAAACCUUGA